CAAUAUUCUAUUUCCUUUUCCUCCCACCAUCUUUGUUAGUUUUUUUUAUUCUCUUUGGUUUCAUUCUUUCGCUUGUCAGACUUGCCUGAUAAGAAGCCUUCAAAAUGCAGUUGUUCAUCCAAGGAGGGUCCGUCUCGGUGAUAGACGUUGAUGGGCAGGAGACGAUAGCCCAGAUUAAGGACCGCCUUCGUAGUGUAGAAAAUGCUGCGAAUGAUGAGCAUCUGACCGUGUGGGUCAACGGAGUCGCUGUAGAAGAUUCCUGCUUGGCUUCAGAAUUAGCUUCCGACCAUCUUGAUAUCACAGUAUCACUUCCUGGUGGUAAAGUCCACGGUUCCCUGGCUCGUGCUGGUAAGGUUAAGGGGCAAACCCCAAAAGUGGAAAAACAACAGAAGAAAAAGAAGAAGACCGGACGUGCCAAGCGCCGAAUUCAGUACAACAGACGAUUCGUUAACGUUGUGCAGACAUUUGGACGCAGACGCGGACCCAACUCCAACUCAUAGACAUGUUUUGUAAAUAAAAUGCAAAUAUAACAUCUUUUUGCGCCAA